GCAAUGAGAGGGGGAAAUGCUCUCAUUUCCGAGGCGUUUCCGUUACUUAAAACAUCUUGCGAUAAAGUCCUCUGGUCACGUUUCAGAGAUGAUGUGUGCGCGCGAUCUCAGACAGAGGAUCAGUGCAGUACAGUGACAUACAGGAAGCGCGCGACUUCAACUCAAGGACACCACAUCAAUCUCAACGGUCUCCGGUAUGGCAGAGUUGCUGCGUUUGCUCCUGAGCGUGGCAGAAAAAGCCGCCAAUGUGGCACGCGUCUGUCGACAGGAAGCGCCGCUUUUUGAACUCCUGGUACAGGAAAAGACAGGAGCUGACAAAAACAAGAAAUUCAUCCAGGACUUUAAGACCCUUGCUGAUGUGGUGAUACAGGAAAUGAUUCGCCAUGAUGUUUGUGCCCAGUUUCCAGAACUGACCGGCUUUAUUCAUGGAGAGGAGUCAAACAAGUUUGAGAAUGGGCUUGGGGAGAGUGUUACUGUGACAGUCUGUGCUCAGGAAGAGGACACAACUGCUCUUUUGGCUAAAGUUCUGGAUGGCGAUCGAGCGGCCGCGUCACUCCUGAGCAAAGCGAUCCAUCAGGACCUUCAGCUCAGAGAUGAAACGGCUGAAUCUCUACAGCUGUCAAUCAGCCCAGCUGAUGUGGGCAUCUGGAUUGAUCCCAUUGAUGGUACAAGUCAGUACAUUGAAGGGAAAGAGGAAGAGGAGCCGGAUGAAGGCUUUUGUCCUUCCGGACUCCCGUGUGCUCUGGUUCUGAUUGGGGUUUACUUACGAGCCACUGGUCAACCAGUUAUGGGUGUCAUAAACCAGCCGUUCAACCACAAAAUCUCAGCGGGAAAAGGGUAAGAGUGCUGCUUUACUGUGUGUAAAUGUAGUCACAGCUAAAGGGUUUUAUUACACUAUA